CGGCAACCAACAAGAAUAAAGUAAACUCUAUAAAGUCAAACACUUAAAAAAUUGUAUGCUAAGAGCACAUCAAAUCCGCUACCUGCCUGAAAUUAAUUUAAAAAAAAAUAUAAAGAAAGCCCAAAACGCAAGGGCUGAGGCGCAUAAUCUUGUAAAGCGCCUCCUCCAGUCUCGAUGACGGGACAAUUAAAAAUUGUUUUAUUCAAAUUUAGCUGCGGUUUGCCGAUAAAACUUCUGCACUUUAAAAUUCCCCAGAGAACGAAGUAUAAAGGGAAUAUGAGACAGAUUUUACCAGGGAAGAGAAAAGAGUGCGGAAUAAAAAGAUGGUCAAGAAAUUCAAGCAGCGAUGAUUCAGGAGAAUUGCAAUUUAAAGUUCUGCAAGUGGAUAUCUUUCUGAUUAAUAGAUCAGAUAUUUGAAGAGGAUUUUUUCUCACAUGGCAGUUUCUGUUUUGACGUGAAUAUCUUUUGAGCUUGAGAUAUCAUUCACCAGCCGUUUUUACUCUGUAUUUUAAAUAUCACAAUGAGUAUUUUUGAAGUGGGGAGUAGAUCUCAGCGCAUGGGUGGUCAAAAAGAAAAGUUUGUAAGGUUUUACACUGAUACAGAGUCUGCGGAGCCUUUUGGUUCAGGGACUGGCAAAUUUAGUAACUAUGACUUGAGAUAUAGAAAUUUGGACAGGACAUCAAGCUCUACAUUGUGUUGUGUGAGAAGAGCAAUGGAUAAAAGAGGACAAGAAUUGAAGAAUAUUGGUUGUUCAUUGGUAAAUGAAGUGUCCAGGGUAGUCUUUCCAGAGGAUCUUAAAUUGUUCAAAAAGAGUUUAUUUGAUCCUCAAGAUAAGGUCCUUCAGAGGUGGAACAGAUUUUUUAUUAUAUCAUGCAUGAUUGCAAUAUUUGUUGAUCCAUUCUUCUUUUAUGUGCCACUUGUGGAUGAUGGAUUAAAUUGCCUCGGUAUAGAUAAGAAUUUGGCAACUGUUGUUACUGUUCUGCGGUCUCUCAUAGAUAUCUUUUAUUUAGUACACAUGGUGUUUCAGUUCCGAACAGCUUUCACAUCUCCAUCUAUGGUAUUUGGGAGAAGAGAGCUCGUGAUAGAUCCAAUACAAAUUGCAAAAAAGUACUUGUCAACAUACUUCAUAAUUGACUUUCUCGCUGUGCUGCCUCUUCCCCAGGUUGUUAUCUGGAUAAUUCCAAUAAUGACAGGUUCGGCUGCGUUGUAUAUCAAGGAUGCUUUACCAUAUAUAAUCUUUUUUCAGUAUUUCCCACGAUUCUUUCGCAUUUAUCCAAUUAACUCAGAGAUCGUAAGAACCACUGGACGAUUCAAUCAAACAGGAUGGGCAGGGGCUGUUUACAAUUUACUUCUGUACAUUAUUUCAAGUCAUAUCUUUGCAGCUUACUGGUAUAUAUUUGCAGUGGAUCGACAACUUACAUGUUGGCAAGAAGCAUGCAAGCCUGAAUAUAAUUGUACUCCAGACUAUUUAUACUGUGGAAAUCAAUUUGACAAUGGUUUUAACAUUUGGAAUGAGACUAGUGGUCAAGUGUUUGAUUCUAAUUGUUCUGUGAUUGUUGGAUCUAUUUUACCAUUCAACUUUGGAAUAUACACUCCUCUUAUUCAGUUCAGGCUUGUUGCAUCAAGUGACUUUACGGAGAAAUAUGUCUACUGCUUGUGGUGGGGCCUGCAAAACGUAAGCACAUUUUGCCAGAGUUUGAUACCCAGUGAGUAUACUUGUGAGAUCAUUUUCUCAUUAAUUAUUAUAAUUCUUGGAUUCAUAUUAAUGGCACUUCUUAUCGGCAACAUGCAGACAUAUUUGCGAUCUUUGACAAUCAGGCUGGAAGAAAUGAGAGUAAAAAGGAUUGAUACAGAGGUAUGGAUGCACCAUCGCUCACUCCCUAAAGAUCUUAGAGAUCGUGUCCGUCGGCAUGAUCAAUACAAAUGGCUUCAAACCAGAGGUGUUGAUGAAGAGCAGUUAAUUCAAAGCCUUCCAAAAGAUCUCAGGCGUGACAUCAAGCGGCAUCUCUGUUUAGACUUAGUCAGGCGGGUACAUUUGUUUAAGAAUAUGGAUGAUCAUUUAUUGGAUGCAAUGUGUGAGCAUCUUAAGACAUGCCUUUAUACCGAAGAUACAUAUAUUGUAAGAGAAGGAGAACCUGUGGGUGAGAUGCUUUUUAUUAUUCGAGGCCAUAUAGAGAGUGUGACAACAAAUGGAGGGAGAAGUGGAUUUUUCAAUUGUGGUGUUCUGAAACAAGGAGAUUUCUGUGGGGAGGAACUACUAACAUGGGCUUUGGAUCCAAAGUCUGAUGCAAAACUUCCAUCAUCAACGAGAACAGUUAAAGCUUUGUCAGAAGUAGAGGCAUUCUCUUUAAGAGCAGAAGAUAUAAAAUUUGUUGCAACCCAAUUCAGGCACUUGCACAGCAGACAGGUUCAACAUACCUUUCGCUUCCACUCCCAGCAGUGGAGAACAUGGGCUGCUUGUUUCAUUCAAGCAACCUGGCGCCGUCACUAUCUAAGGAAGGGUGCUGAAUUUCUUCUCAGAGAGCAGCACAAAUUGGAGACUGCUAUGGUAAACAAUGGUGCUCUUUCUCCCAGCCAAAAAGCAACUUUUUAUGCAUCCUUUUUUGCAACGGAAGCUCUUGAUGGUAUGCACAGAAUGCGUACUAUGAAAUCAGAACAGCCGACACAACUAGUUGAACUCAAAAAACCCUCAGAGCCUGAUUUCAGUACUGAAGAUUCUGGAAAGGUUUUAUUUUAAUUGUCUGCAUCGUACAGGAUUUUCCCAUUGCAUGCAGCUAUAAAAUGAGUCUUAGCUAUUUAUUUGUGAGAGUUUGGAAAGAGUGAACAUUUCUUUCAUUCCUGGACAAUUUUACAGAUGUUUUGAAUUGGAGAAAAAUAUUUAUAUUUUAAACCAAUGUUCGUGUUGCUCGCCUUGUGAUUAAGAUUUAAAGAUCAAUCCUAUUCAUAUUGCUUUUCAGUUUUAGCAUUACCUCCUCUGUUAAAACUCCAGUUAGUGUGAAAAAUUGGCUGUAUUGAGUGUCAGACUGAAUCACUGGUAUUCUCAGCAGUAAACCAAAUAUAAAAAUUUAUGAAGGGAAUAACAUUAUCCCAAAGUGAUGAGAUGUAUAUUCGAACA